CACACCCCAGCACACCAGCGCAGGCAACUUAUAACCUCGGGAGGCCAGCCCUCCCCUCACUGUGGUCACAAACCUCGAGAAGAGCGGACGCCUGCCACCAGUUCCUGUCACUCUGGGCACCUCGGUCGCUGGACCCUCAGAACUCUCUUCACUCCCAAGCCAUCAAAAAGCCAAGAUGUUGGUGUUACUGGCCAGUAUCUUUGUGGUCCACAUCGCCACCGUCAUCAUGUUAUUUGUUUCCACCAUUGCCAAUGCCUGGAUGGUUUCAGAUGUUGGAAAAAUAUCAGUAGGUCUUUGGAAAAACUGUACUUCCGCUGACUGCAGCCACAACCUGUUAUACGGCAGUGAAGAUGCCCUCAAGGCAGUGCAGGCCUUCAUGAUUCUGUCCAUCAUCUUCUCCGUCAUCUCCCUCGUGGUCUUCGUGUUCCAGCUGUUCACCAUGGAGAAAGGCAACCGCUUCUUCCUCUCAGGGGCCACCAUGCUGGUGUGCUGGCUGUGCAUCUUGGUGGGGGCCUCCAUCUACACGCAUCACUAUGCCAAUAACUCUAAAGACUGGUACCCGGAGAGUCACCACGGCUACUCCUUCAUCCUGACCUGGAUCUGCUUCUGCUUCAGCUUCAUCAUCGGCAUUCUCUAUCUGGUCCUGAGAAAGAAAUAAGGCUGAACACGUUA